UUUUUCUUUUGGUCUUCUUAUAUACAUGCAAAAACCCCGACCUCCAAGAAUCAUCAUCAUCAUUAUCAAGCAAUAUAAUAAAAGCCAGCCAACCCCAUGUUCUAGAUUUGUAAUCUUUUUGGUAAUCCAAAUACCCUUUUUAUAUAUUUCCACUUUCUAUUAUUUCAUUGGCCUUUCCUAUUGCUUGCCUUGUAACUCCAAAAACCAGCUUGGAAAAUAUUUGGAGAGAUAUUCUGGUCAGAUCUUCCUUUGUUGGAAUUUAUUUCUUCCAAACUCAACAAGAACCCCCCCCAAAAAAAAAAAAAAAAAACCAACAACAUUUUUCCAUCUUUUUUCCCCCUUUGUUCUCUCUUUUUUUUUUGUUGUGAAAAUAAGUUUGAGAAAAUGGGAAUGGCAGCUGCAGAUCUACAGUUUCAUGUUCUAGCUGUUGAUGAUAGUUUAAUAGAUAGAAAACUCAUUGAAAGACUCUUUAAAAUCUCUUCUUGCCAAGUUACAACUGUGGAUUCUGGAAGUAAAGCUUUGGAAUUUCUUGGUUUACAAGAAGAACAUGAUGACCAAAAUAACCCAAAUCAGCCUUGUGUUUCUCCUAGCAACCAACAGGAAGUGGAAGUUAAUCUUAUUAUUACAGAUUAUUGUAUGCCUGGGAUGACAGGCUAUGAUUUGCUAAAGAAAAUUAAGGAAUCUUCAUCGCUAAGAAAUAUACCUGUAGUCAUUAUGUCAUCUGAAAAUGUUCCUUCAAGAAUCAGUAGAUGCUUAGAAGAAGGGGCAGAAGAAUUUUUCUUGAAGCCAGUGAGAUUAUCAGAUGUUAAUAAACUUAAACCCCAUAUGAUGAAAACCAAAUGUAAAAGCCAGUUACAAGAACCUGAGAAAUUGGUCACAGAAGAAAAACAAGAAUCAAUAGAAAUUGCACAUGUUGUUCCAUCACAACCACAAAAAGAAUCAGACACAACACAACAACAACAGCAGCAAUUACAAGCCAAUAGUAAUAAUAACAAGAGAAAGGCCAUGGAAGAAAAUCUAUCACCAGACAGAACAAGAUCAAGAUUCAGUAGCCUCACAACAGUCUAAUCUCUGUUGCAAAUAUGUAAACUUUUUCGUUUUUCCCCUGAUUUGGAAGUUACUUCAGAUAACCCCCUUUUAUUUCCCUUUUUCAACUUUUGUUUAGUUAACAGAGUUAGGAUAAUGUAAAGAAGAGAGAGAGAGAGAGAGAAAUCAUCCAUCCUUAUAAGAUGAUGUGCUGUCCAUGACGGAGGACAAGUCAAUGAGUGCGGAAGGCUGACAGGCUUCUAGACUUGAAAGCUUCUGAAGAAGGGGUGUACGUGAUAUUUUAGGUGAAUCUCACAAAGGAACGAAGGAGUAAAGUAAAGAGUUCUAGAAGACAUAACAAAAGUUUAUAUGGUUCGCUCGUUUUUGAUUGAUGAUACCGUAGCUCAAGGGGCAAAUAUGUGAGUUUAUUGAGCCAAAGCGGAUAAUAUGUGCCAUAAACUUAGGCUGUGACAACUUCUGUGGACAUUUUACAUGGGAUAAAACUUUCAUCCAGUUUUGGUUUGCUAAUCUAAUAGGGGAACAGUUUGCCAAUGUAGUUAGAAAUGUGCUGAAAUUUACUUCAUGUAAAUAGACGAGCAUUUAACAUAGAAGUAGCCUGAUGUUCUCUUUCUGCUUU